UCGCUCGCUCGGUCGUUCGGAAGUCGUCGGCCGUCCGCGCACAACUUCGCGCCGCACCUCGCCGCGCCGAUUCACCGCCAUCAGUAUUUCGUGAUCGUGCGCAACGGCAGCGGUGCUGAUCGGUGGUUACGAGUUCUCUCUCUCUCUCUCUCUCGUUCUUCCUUCUUCUCCUGCUGCUCCCCUGUUCCGUUUCUCGCGCGAGUUUCUCGACUUUUCGGAGGUGGCGCCUCCACUCUCGCGCUUCGCGACGUGCAGCGUCUAGUGGACGGUUCGUUCUUUCUUCCUUUCCUUCCUUCCGCGGGCCUCAUCUCCCGCUUUCUCGCUCGCACCAGCCGGUGCCCUGCUCCUUUUCGGCCCGCUCUCCGCACGGAAGCCACACACGAACGGAGGAAACGCGAGAGUGCGUGGUGACCCAGCUUGACCCAGCUUGACGCCGCGUGUGCCGGUGCGAAUUUCGUGUGUGCACGCACGCACGCGCGUACGCCUUAGCUCGCGAGAGAGAAAAAGAGAGAGAGAGAGAGACAAUUUACGCGAGAGAAGAGAGCCCCUCGGUCGCGCUCCGUAGUGCUUUGAGGUUAUCGAGCAGAGCAGAGCUCUCGCCGCUUCGCGUCGACAGAUAUUCUCCGGAAGGAAACAUGUGGGCCGGCCAGGACGACACGCAAAGAUUCAAGACCAGGGUGUUGAAACCGCCUGGCGGCGGCAGCAGCGACAUUUUCGGCUCUGGCCCGGAGGAAACGAGCCCGCGACGCGUCAAGACUCACAAUCAGUCCCAGCUGGGCCUGGCGUUGUUCGGCGACGCCAACGGCACCGACGCCGGUAAUGGCAACGGCAACGGCAACGCAAACGCCGCCGUGUCCCCGCGCUCCAGCAGCAAGCCCGGUAAUGAUUCAUACAAUCGUCUGUUUGGCCCCCCCGAUGCCCCACCCACCACCCCAAACGCGAGAAAUCACAUGCGCAGCAAUAUCUCCCUCAGCGGGGGAUCGUCGGCCUCGUCGUUAUCGUCGGGCGCCGCGACGUCGCCCGCGAAGAGCACGACCAGCAGCGGCAGCAACACGACGGGCGUCGCCAAUGGCUUUGCCGCCAGCAACGGCAGCAAUUCGUUCAACGAUAUCACAGCUUUUAGGAGAAAGAAACGAUUUCGAGGCUCAGCCUGCGUGCCGGCGCGCAACCCGGUCACCGGAGACGGAGUCGAGGUGACGCCCGUGAGGCGCAUCGCACGAAAGUGUCGAGAUGGCAACCCGGUAACCGGAACCGGCUACGCGCCCGAGCCGCUGAAGAACGGCCCGACCAUGCAGAACGGCACCGUCAGCUCGAAUUCCAGCAGCGGCGACAAGUCGAUCGACUCGUCGCCGUCGUCGAAGCCGGCGGCGCGCACCCGCGUCCCGCCGGGCGGCUACUCAUCCGGACUCUGGUAAAGGGCGGCGGACGACUCGUCGCCGCCGUCGGCGGGGCUGUUCCGUCGCCCGCUCAUCGGGACAGCCCGAUCGAUCCUUUUUUCGGUCUUGUACUCUUAACCCGCUAAGGCCCGCGAUCGCCUUUUCGUAUUACCGUUCUAACAGAAAUAGAGAGAAAGAGAGACAAAGAGAGAGGGGGAGAGAAAGAGAGAGAGAGAGAAAGAGAGAGAGAGCUCCGAGAUGAGAAGAUCGAUAGAUUCUCGGUCACCGUGUAUACACCUACACCGUCGCGCGGGCGACGAUUCUCCGCCGCGAUUGUUUCCUUAGAAGAAGCGAAACAUCCACCCCCGUCAAAGAGAGUUGCCGAAGGCAGACGGGUGAGGCAGACCGGCUACCACCGUCGGUGCGGGCUUUAUUGGGUUAAUCAACGAGUGGUCUAACAGCAUUUUCCUCUUUUUUCGUUUCUCUUUUGCUUUGUGCCGAUUGAAAGAACAAACACACACGCACACACACACACACACACACACAUACAUACACAGGGAGAGAAAGAGAGAAGAGGGAGGACACACUAAGAGUGACAAUCUGCGAUCUCUCGAGACCCGGAUGACCGGAUAACUCUUUCUCGAAUAACCGACAUCUAGAGCAAAAUUGAUUUUUAGAGAUGACACAUACAUACACACACACACGUACAUACAUACAUAUAUACACACACGGUGACGGAUAAGCCAUCAUCAUCAUCAUCGUCGUGAUAAUCAUCAUCGUCACACAUCAUCAUCAUCAUUAUCACUUUCUGUGUUUCCUUUUAAUAAAACUAUUUGAUACUGUCAUGUAGCGAUGUUCGUCAUCAGGAGGGCCGAAAAGCUUUCAACGAGGGCGAGAGAUAGUAAUAACGAUAGGAAGCCCGUCGAUUCCUCGAUGUUGCGAGAUGUUCCGCAACGCGGAAACGAGCGCAAGCCGCGUUUUAUCUCGCGCUUCGACCAGCGGCGGAGAGAGAGAGAGGGAGAGAGAAAGAGAGAGGGGAGAGGAGGUUCGUGCGCUCAGGUUGUCGCUUAGGAUCCUUGAAAUAUCAAUCGCGCGCGAAUUUUCCGCUUCAAGGCGGAUCGAUUCGAGACGAUCGACGAUUCGAGACGCUAACGAGACGCGAGAGUAAUUCUGCGUCUCGCGCAGAACUCGCCUCGCGUCGGUCGGUCGGUCUGUGAGCUGAGGAAUACACCCGACGGCUCCACGGAUAUUUCUUUUCUCCGAUUCGCCGGUGAAAAAUUCCACGAGCGAGCGAGCGGACGAGAGCGCAGGUGUAAACCGAUCCCGGGUGGUUCGUCGAGCGUGAAUUACCGGUCCUUCAAUUAGCAACUCUAGUAAAGGCAUUAUCGCGUAUACGAACAAGUAACUGUAUAUAGAGGUAGUUAAAACGAUCAUCGCGCGUAAAGUGCGCCUCCUUCUGCUCCUCCUCCUGCGGAACGCGCAUUCUUCUGGUCGGCGAGCGACUCCGCGCGAGUCGUAAAUCACGGUCGCCGAGAAACGCGUUUUUCCGGCGAUCGCUCGAGUUUAUCCAGUCCGAUAAGUAAAUCGGGGGAGCGAGGAGCUCUUCUGUCUUUCUGUCUUCUCGAAAUUCGUCCCGGCGUCGAAUGCGGGUUCUCCUUCGCUCUCUUUCGCCGCGUCGCGCUCGCUUUGUGUUUCGUCGCGACGGGCGCCGACGUUAGGACGGUCCACACCAGCGGAUGCUGAAAUCGUGGAGUCACGUGAUUCGUGCUUUAGAUAACUCUUUUUUUAACAUAUUGUGAGAGAGAUGCGUAUCAAUUGUAGAAGUAACGUAAUGCUUCAACUUUUCAAUUUCCGAAAGAACAAGCUGAUGACUUUGUGUUUUAUAUUUUAUAUUGUGUCUUUUCGAAAGGACGUUUUUUCGGAUGCAAUGCCGCCGAAGGUAGCCGGAAGAAGCGCUCGUCCCGUUCGAUCGCUCGGAAAGCGAAGCUUCUCCCCGUCGCUGUCGAGCGUCGCACGACGUCUUUCGCUCGUUUCCAACCGUUGCGCGCGCGUCCACCACACGCACUCAUACAUACACACACCCUUCGAGACCCGACAAAAUCGUUUCGUCGAAGAGGCAUUACGCGCGACGAAAUUCGCUCUCUCCGUGGUGAAGGACAAUGACACGUACACGAGUAAUAAUAUUCGCACACGCGUACAGAAGAGAGAGAGAAGAACGAGAGAGAGAGAGAGAGAGAGAGAGCGUACCAAGGUCGUAGAAUUGUAGGAUCGCGAUCGCCACUUUAUCGUAGUGUGCAGCGUUUGAUUAGGAGCCAGGUGAGAAUCGUUCUAUCGAUCGAUCGAUCCUGCCGAAACGUCGAAGAAAGAUAAAGAGGG